AUGGCAGCAACCGGCGCGGCUGGUUUGACUCCAGAAUUCGCGGAUAACGCGGGGGAGGGAAUCGUGAGGACGAUAUCGAAUGGCACCAAAGACGACAGCGGAUCAGAAGUUGACGUUGACCGCUUUGACGACUCGGAAGAUGUGGACGAGAAGAAGACGGAAGACUGGGGGAUGCUGGAGGAAGUCAAAGCUAUCAAGGCCCAGGGAGACCAAGAAGGAAGUGGAAACCGUAAACUCGGAGUUACCUGGACCAACCUCACCGUUAAAGGCAUGAGCUCGGAUGCAACCUUCAACGAGAACGCCCUUUCCCAAUUCGACAUCCCCAAGCACGUUCAAGAGGGUCGCCGUGGCAUCCCGAUGAAGACGAUCCUGGAUAACUCCCAUGGUUGCGUUAAGCCAGGCGAGAUGCUCUUGGUCCUUGGCAGGCCCGGCGCAGGUUGCACCACGCUCCUCAACAUCCUUUCCAACAGGAGAAUCGGAUACACCGAGGUCAGCGGCAACGUCAAGUUUGGCAACAUGGAUCACAAGCAAGCCAAGCAGUACCGUGGCCAGAUCGUCAUGAACACCGAGGAAGAAAUCUUCUUCCCCUCUCUCACCGUUGGUCAGACCAUGGACUUCGCUACUCGCAUGAAGGUUCCUUUCCACCUUCCCAGUGAUAUGCACAACAGCCCUGAGGAGUUCGCUCAAGCGAGCAAGGACUUCCUUUUGCGGUCAAUGGGCAUUGCUCAUACCAACGAUACCAAGGUUGGCAACGAGUUCGUUCGCGGUGUGUCCGGAGGAGAGCGGAAGCGUGUUUCAAUUGUCGAAUGCCUCGCCACUCGCGGCAGCGUCUUCUGCUGGGAUAACUCUACCCGCGGCCUGGACGCCAGUACCGCUUUGGAAUGGACCAAGGCUAUGCGGGCCAUGACGGACAUCAUGGGUCUUACUACCAUCGUCACCCUCUACCAGGCCGGAAAUGGUAUCUACAAUCUCUUCGACAAGGUCUUAGUCCUCGAUGAGGGCAAGCAGAUCUUCUACGGAUCUCGCAAGCAAGCUCUUCCUUUCAUGGAAGAGCAUGGCUUCAUAUGCGACUCGUCUGCGAACGUUGCCGAUUUCCUGACUGGUGUGACUGUCCCCACGGAGCGCCGCAUUGCUCCUGGUUUCGAGGACAGGUUCCCUAGGAAUGCCGACGAGGUGCUCGCUGCUUACGAAAAGACUCCGAUUAAACCUGCUAUGGCCGCCGAGUACAACUUCCCCGAAUUGGAAAGCACAAAGCAGAGUACGGAAGAGUUCAAAAACAGUGUCGUCUUUGAGAAGCAUAAGCGCCUUCCCAAGUCAUCAGAAUUGACUACCAGUUUCUUCACCCAAGUCCAUGCUUGUAUUAUCCGACAAUACCAGAUGCUGUGGGGAGACAAGGCAACCUUCAUCCUCAAGCAAGUCUCGACUCUGAUCCAAGCUCUCAUCGCCGGUUCUCUCUUCUACAACGCCCCUGAAAAUUCGGCUGGUCUUUUCAUCAAGGGCGGUGCUCUCUUCUUCUCUCUCUUGUUCAACUCUCUGCUUGCCAUGUCCGAAGUUACCGACAGCUUUAGCGGGCGUCCGGUACUUGCGAAACACAGGGCAUUUGCGCUCUACCACCCCGCGGCUUUCUGUAUUGCUCAAAUCGUUGCCGACAUUCCAGUCCUACUGUUCCAAGUAACCCACUUUGGAAUUGUCAUAUACUUCAUGGUCGGCCUUAAAGUCACUGCGGCAGCGUUCUUCACCUACUGGAUCAUCUUGUUCACCGCCGCCAUGACUAUGACUGCUUUGUUCCGAGCCAUUGGUGCGGCCUUUCCAACCUUCGAUGCAGCCUCGAAGGUGUCUGGUUUCCUCAUCAGCGCCUUGAUUAUGUAUACUGGUUACAUGAUCGUCAAGCCCAACAUGCAUCCGUGGUUCGUCUGGAUUUACUGGAUUGAUCCUUUGGCUUAUGGCUUCGAAGCGUUGAUGGGCAAUGAGUUCCACAACAAGCAAAUUCCUUGCUUCGCCAACAACUUGGUACCCUUCGGCCCGGAGUACACGGACCCUGCCCACCAAGCCUGCACUGGCGUCAGUGGUGCUACCCCGGGCGCUUCCAGUCUUACCGGUGACCAAUAUCUCGACUCCCUUUCCUACAGCCACAGCCACGUUUGGCGCAACUUUGGCAUCCUCUGGGCUUGGUGGGUUUUCUUCGUUGCCAUUACGAUUAUCUUCACUAGCAGAUGGAAGCAGCUUGGCGAGGGAGGCCGCUCUCUUCUGAUUCCAAGGGAGCAGGAGCAUAAUGUGGCUCACCUUGUCUCCAACGACGAAGAAUCCCAGCGGAGCGAGAAGAUCCCUCCCAAGGCCGGCUCCUCCGACCGUGAGAAUAACCUGGAUAGCCAGCUCAUCAGAAACACAUCCAUCUUCACAUGGAAGAAUCUGACGUACACUGUCAAGACUCCCAGCGGCGACCGCGUCCUCCUCGACAACGUCCAAGGAUACGUCAAGCCGGGCAUGCUUGGCGCCCUCAUGGGUUCCUCUGGCGCUGGUAAAACCACUCUGCUCGAUGUUCUCGCUCAGCGUAAGACCGAUGGUACGAUCCACGGUUCGAUCAUGGUCGACGGUCGCCCUCUCCCUGUCUCUUUCCAGCGGUCUGCCGGAUACUGUGAACAGCUUGAUGUCCACGAGCCUUUGGCUACCGUCAGGGAAGCGCUCGAAUUUUCGGCUUUGCUCCGUCAGUCCCGUGAAACACCCAGAGAGGAGAAGCUUAAAUACGUGGACACGAUCAUCGACCUCCUUGAGCUGCACGACCUCGAACACACUCUGAUUGGUCGGCCCGGUGCCGGUUUGUCUAUUGAACAGAGGAAGCGUGUCACCAUUGGUGUUGAGCUUGUCUCGAAACCUAGCAUUCUCAUCUUCCUGGACGAGCCCACCUCCGGUCUCGACGGCCAGGCCGCCUUCAACACUGUCCGUUUCCUGCGCAAGCUGGCCGAGGUCGGCCAAGCGGUUCUUGUCACUAUCCACCAGCCGUCUGCUCAACUGUUCGCCCAAUUCGACACCCUUCUUCUCCUGGCCAAGGGAGGUAAGACAGUGUACUUCGGCGAUAUCGGCGACAACGCAAACACCAUCAAGGAGUACUUUGGCCGCUACGGCGCACCCUGCCCUGAAGAGUCGAACCCGGCCGAGCACAUGAUUGAUGUCGUUUCUGGAAGUCUUUCUCAAGGUCGCGACUGGAACAAGGUCUGGCUGGAAUCACCUGAGCAUGACAAGACUGUCCAGGAGCUUGACCGCAUCAUCAGUGACGCCGCUUCCAAGCCGCCUGGCACCGUCGAUGACGGCCACGAGUUUGCCAUGCCCAUCUGGGAACAGGUCAAGAUUGUCACUCACCGCAUGAACCUCUCGCUCUACCGCAACACCGACUACAUCAACAACAAGAUGGCUCUCCACAUUGGCAGUGCAUUGUUCAACGGAUUCAGUUUCUGGAUGAUUGGCGACUCUGUCAGCGACUUGCAGCUCCGUCUAUUCACUGUCUUCAACUUCAUCUUCGUGGCGCCUGGUGUCAUGGCCCAGCUGCAACCCCUCUUCAUUGAUCGUCGCAACAUUUACGAGACGCGUGAGAAGAAGAGCAAGAUGUAUCACUGGGGUCCGUUCGUCACCGGCUUGAUCGUCAGCGAGAUCCCGUACCUGCUCAUCUGCGGUGUCCUUUACUUCGUCUGCUGGUACUACACAGCUGGGCUCCCAACUGCGUCCAAGUAUGCCGGCUCGACUCUAUUCGUCAUGAUCAUGUACGAGUUCGUUUACACGGGCAUUGGCCAGUUCGUCGCAGCAUAUGCGCCGAACGCGGUGUUUGCAUCUCUGAUCAACCCCCUCAUCAUCGGUACCCUGGUCUCCUUCUGCGGUGUUCUCGUGCCAUACGCGCAAAUUCAGUCGUUCUGGAGAUACUGGAUGUACUACCUUAACCCUUUCAACUACCUCAUGGGUUCGCUGCUGGUCUUCACGACGUGGUCUACGGAAGUCAAGUGCAAGAACAGCGAGUUUGCGAUCUUUGACCCGCCUGCAAACCAGACUUGCCAGGACUAUCUCGCUUCAUACAUGAUGGGCAUGGGUUCCCGCUCCAACCUCAUCAACCCUGACGCUACGAGCGGGUGCCAGGUCUGUGAGUACCGCGACGGUAGCGACUACUUGUUCAACCUUAACCUCAAGGACUACUACUAUGGCUGGAGAGACGCGGCUAUUGUUGCGCUUUUCGCAUUCAGCUCCUAUGCGAUGGUGUUCUGUCUCAUGAAGCUGAGGACCAAGGCCAGUAAGAAGGCCGAGUAA